AUGGGGAAAAAAAACAAGCUCCGCAAAAACGAAGCAGCAGCCUCCACCAAAGAUAUUGGAGCCGUGCUCCGUGGCACACUGCCGCCGCGGCCCACCAAAAUGGCGCCGGCGAGAAGUGACUCAGAUACCGGCUGGGAGGAAGGUGAACCAGAGGACUCUCCAGAUUCCGCCGACCAUGGCAUACUCAAAAAGAGAACGGCCAACACAGAGACGGCCUCAGUAAACAGGGGCCCCCGCUUUACUCAGCACUCGGAGAACGUGCCGGCCAGCAAGGCAGACAUCAAGAACAUGCUGGCUGAAAUAAAGGCCUACUUCUCGGCCGACAUUGCGCUAGUCCGCCAAGACCUAGGGACUAUAACAACCAGACUGCAGUCCCUGGAGGACGAGGGGCGCAUUACCAGAGACCUGCAAGGCACUAUGUCUGCUGAAAUAGACAGGCGGAAACAGAUUACUUUAAACAUGGAACAAAAAAUAGCAGUGCUGAAGGACUCUAAGCGGCAGAAGACAUCACAGACACAGAGGUCCCACACUACCUCAGAAGGCACUUCAGCGCAAUGCUCUCACCAUCAAGGGCAAAAGCCAUGCAACUAG